GUGUGUGUGUGUGUUUCCUCCUCCUCCUCAUGUUUGUCUCUCUCCGGAGGAAGGGGCGGUCUCUGCGCCGCAGCCAGAUCCGGAAUUAGAAGGUGUUCGCUCGGCUGUGCUCGGCUGUGUGGGUCGCUGAGCUCCGCAGAGGUUCGGUUCGGUUCGGUUCGGUUCUGAUAACCGACACGAAGAUAAAGAAGAGAGGAGAGGAGAGAGGAGCCAGCGGAACUGUAGGAACAAAUAAAGAGAAACUAAAGGAAGGAGCCGGCGGGACCGAGAAGUGUCGACCGAGGGGAGGGACGACAAGCCGGGGCAGAAAAGAGGAAUAAAAAAAGAAGAAGAGACAAAAGUACCGGAGAGGACGGACAAGAUGCCCCUGGCCCAGCUGGCGGAUCCCUGGCAGAAGAUGCCGCUGGGGGGCCCGCAUGGAGAGGAUGCUCAUCAUGAUCCCGAGGACUCGGUGGGCGAGGACGACUCCAUGCCUGUCUGCAACGAUGACGUUCCAGAGAGAGAGAUCAGCAUCACUCACCACGUGAAGGAGGGAUCGGAGAAGGCCGACCCACGACAGUUCGAGCUCCGCAAAGUCCUGGGACAAGGCUCCUUCGGCAAGGUGUUUCUCGUGAGGAAGAUCACCGGGCCGGAUGCCGGUCAGCUGUACGCCAUGAAAGUCCUGAAGAAAGCGACACUGAAAGUGCGUGACCGGGUCAGGACAAAGAUGGAGAGAGACAUCCUGGUGGAGGUCAACCAUCCCUUCAUCGUCAAACUGCACUACGCGUUUCAGACAGAAGGGAAGCUCUACCUGAUCCUGGACUUUCUCCGAGGAGGAGACCUCUUCACUCGUCUCUCGAAGGAGGUGAUGUUCACAGAGGAGGAUGUGAAGUUUUACCUGGCGGAGCUCGCUCUGGCCCUCGAUCACCUUCACAGCCUGGGCAUCAUUUACAGAGACCUCAAGCCAGAGAACAUCCUGCUCGAUGAGGAGGGACACAUCAAGCUGACCGACUUUGGCCUCAGUAAGGAGUCGAUAGACCACGAGAACAAGGCCUACUCCUUCUGCGGCACGGUGGAGUACAUGGCUCCCGAGGUGGUGAACCGGCGAGGACACACGCACAGCGCCGACUGGUGGUCGUACGGCGUGCUCAUGUUUGAGAUGCUGACGGGAACGCUGCCAUUCCAAGGCAAAGACCGGAAAGAGACGAUGACCAUGAUCCUCAAGGCCAAGUUGGGAAUGCCACAGUUUCUGAGUUCAGAAGCUCAGAGUCUCCUCAGGAACCUUUUCAAACGCAACCCGGCCAACAGAUUAGGAGCUGGACCAGACGGUGUGGAGGAGAUCAAGAGGCAUCACUUCUUCAGCACCAUCGACUGGAACAAACUCUUCCGCAGAGAGAUCCACCCUCCCUUCAAACCAGCCGCAGGACGACCUGAUGACACUUUCUAUUUCGAUCCCGAGUUCACAGCUAAAACACCCAGAGACUCUCCGGGGGUUCCUCCGAGCGCCAACGCCCAUCAGCUGUUUAGAGGAUUCAGCUUUGUGGCCAUCACAGAAGAGGUCACACAGCCGCUACCCAACACGAUCGUUCAGCAGCUGCACAGAAGCACAUCCCAGUUCUCAGACACCUACGAGAUCAAAGAGGACAUCGGCGUCGGGUCGUACUCCAUCUGUAAGCGCUGCCUGCACAAAGGGACCGGCAUGGAGUACGCAGUCAAGAUCAUCAACAAGGCCAAGAGAGACCCGACGGAGGAGGUGGAGAUCCUGCUGAGAUACGGACAGCAUCCCAACAUCAUCACCCUCAAGGACGUGUAUGACGACGGCCGGUCGGUGUUCUUGGUGACGGAGCUGAUGAAAGGAGGCGAGCUGCUGGACAAAAUCCUCAGACAGAAGUUUUUCUCUGAGCGGGAAGCCAGCGCUGUCCUCUACACCAUCACCAAGACUGUGGAGUACCUGCACGUGCAGGGGGUGGUGCACAGAGACCUGAAGCCCAGCAACAUCCUCUACGUGGACGAGAGCGGGAACGCCGAGUCCAUCCGGAUCUGCGACUUCGGUUUCGCCAAACAGCUGAGAGCAGAGAACGGUCUGCUCAUGACGCCGUGCUACACCGCCAACUUUGUCGCACCCGAGGUGUUGAAGAAGCAGGGUUACGAUGCAGCCUGUGACAUCUGGAGUCUGGGAGUGCUGCUCUACACGAUGCUCACGGGUUUCGCUCCCUUCGCUAACGGCCCGGAGGACACGCCGGAGGAGAUCCUGGCUCGAAUCGGCAGCGGGAAGUUCUCACUCACUGGAGGAUACUGGAACUCUGUCUCUCCCGAGGCUAAGGAUCUGGUGUCUAAGAUGCUGCACGUGGACCCUCACCGGCGGCUGACGGCGGGUCAGGUCCUCAGACACCCGUGGGUGACGCACAGAGACCAGCUGCCCAAAUACACCCUGAACAGACAGGACGCGCCGCACCUGGUCAAGGGUGCGAUGGCCGCCACCUACUCGGCCCUCAACAGGAACGUCCCUCCGGUUCUGGAGCCGGUGGGCUGCUCCACUCUGGCCCAGCGGAGGGGGAUGAAGAAGAUCACGUCCACGGCUCUGUGACCUUCAACUCCACCACCACCACCCACCACCCCUCAACUCUGACCUCGAUCUGACCUCCGCCGGACCCCCCUCCUCUCUCUCUCUCUCCCUCUCUCUCUCUCUCUGAUCCAGUCCGGUUGGACAGACUACUGAUGAUGGACCCAGGAACCGCUAACGCCAAAUAGGAACCCCGCCGCCCCCCCCAUCCAUCCCUCCUUCCUCCCUCGCCGCCCUCUGCACCUUAACUUCUGAUUGGAUCUCGUGGCUGGUUAUUUCUCAGCUUUAGCAUCACUGAUCAACAGCCGGACGGAGGCCGAGUCCUCCCGUGUGCGGCGUCUUUGCUUCGGACAAUCAGCGCCGCUUCGUUUGACCCGGAGGGCGAAAAAACCAUUAAAAAAGUACUGUAUUUAUUUAGUUCACGUGGGGAAAUCUGAACACAGGAACACGGUAACCUAAUGUAUGCAUUUAAAGAGCUAGGAUCGUUGUUAUUAUACUGUCGUCGCGGUUCUGCGUAGCUGUAGAUCCUGUAUUUAAACCUCAAGUAGCCUCUGAGAUGACGGCGUCUACGGGGAAAGGACAGAAGCUGAGCGGCAGACUGACCUCGGCCUUCUCGCAUCUCCAGUAUCCAGUAUUUAAACCUUCAGCUGCAAAACACAAAGAACAAACAUCCUGCAGGAGACCUCACAGACUCAGAUCCCUGAUUUAACUUUGAGCUUUUGUCCCCGCAGGUUUCAAACGGCCGGCAGUAUUCUGUGUUUUUAUCAGAGCCAACAAAUCCCACGACAAAACCCAAAACCAGCGACGCGUUAGUCCGACCGACGUCGAAGAUCUUUAGAAGGAGCUCGCGUGUUUGUUGGGGGACUAUUUUCAGCGGUGGAUGAAUCCACGCUCGGAGUCAAACUUAUCACAGCAAUGAAGGAACAGUCUGACUCGUUGUUUUUAAGAAGACUGGAGCUCUGUGACGCUGCACACGAGCCGGUUUGAUCUUUUCAUGAGAUUUGUUGCUCCGGAGAACACGAACAAACAGCAACAAAGCAGAUUGUUCUGCACGCCGUCUGGUUCUGGUUCUGUUUGAAGCUGCACAAGGCAACUUGGCAUUUUGUGGCGCCCUCUGCUGGCAACAAGGGAGUCUGUUGAAGUUUAAAGAGUGAAUCAUCUUUUUGAAUUUAUGCAAAAGCUUGCAGCGGAGGAAGAAGUACUCACGUGUUUUACUUCAGUAAAAGUAGCAGUACUGCAGUAUAGAAGUCCUGCAUCCGACACACCGCCACAGGAAAUGUCCUCACUAUGCAGAACAGUUGAUUCAGACUAAUAUAUUCCACUUCUGGGCAUCUUAGUUUAGAAUAAUACAUCAUAAUUUAUGAGAUUUUGUUGUUUAUAUUUUGGAUUAAUAAUCCAAAGAAUCAGGAGGCAGAACACUGAGAAUCUAAAGCAUCUUUCAAGUUUUUUUGCCCUGUGCAGCUUCGAGACGCGUCGAUACAUUUAAAAUUUAGAAAAGCAGCUUUAACUCGAAGAGGCGGGCGACGUCGUGACGGGUCAUUUGCACAACAAACACGCGAGAACGCGGCUGGUGAAUCUGAGGAGGAACAAACAGGAUGUUGUGACGUUGGAGGACAAACUGUUGGAUUACACGACCACGAACCCGGAUCGGCCUCUGACCUUCUGUAUGAGCCGACUGAUCAUCUCCGUAUGUGCAGCAGACGGGAGCUGAACUGUAAAUAUAUAUACAUGUCGAGCAACUCAGGUUUCUAUGAAUCAAUGACAAUGCAUUUCCUUUUGUUUGUUUUUUUUAAAUGAUGCGUCCAGCAGGAGAGAGAGAGAUGUACAUAAUAAGCACACGGAUGUAAGCAGGACACGAUCCAUCAGCGUCCGUCCGUCCUGUCCUUCAGCAGACUUUAACUCCAGUCCAACUCUUCCUGAGGAGGAUCGACUGUCUGCAGAAAACCUUUAAAGAACUCAAAGUGUAGCAGGAAAACAGACAAACACACUCCCGUCAUAUUCAGGCUGCGAGUGUGAAGAAAUGAAAGAUUACAGAGCAGUCGAGGCAUGUGCAUCUGUUAACUGAGUGAAAGUACUCCAUUACUGUUGCACCUCCAAAGUCCCGCUCAGUAAAGUUAAAUGUACUUCAGGUAUCAAAAGUUAAAGUGAAUCUGCACACCUGACUGAUAAACCAUGUGUUUUAUCAGGAAUACUCACUAUAAAAAACAAAGUUUUUCUCACGUCAAUGCUUUUAUUGUGAAAUAUUUCAGGAUUUGAGCCUCCAAUCAAAAUUAAAAUGAAAUGUUGGAAACAUCUGAUUUAAUCUCCAACAAAAUAUUAUAAUAAAACUUGUAUUUAAAAAGUAACUGCAGAUGAAUGUAGUGAAGUAAAAAGUAUGUAUAAAGUAUUUAACACAUCUAACACAGACUGAUAUAUGAUGCAGUACUACACUAAUCUACACAGUAGUGCUACUUUUACUUCUGAUACUUGAGGUACAUUUUAGAGUAAUACUUGUAACUGUAUGUUUUACUUGUAAUGGAGUAUUUCUCUGUUAUUUUAGGCGCCUUAAUGACCUGUCAGUGGUUUAGUGUCUGUGGUGGACUGGCGUACCCUGCCUCUCACACUAAGUCAGCUGGGAUUGACAGGAACAAGGACUUAAACCGUCAACACGACCUCUGCUGUCGUGAGGUCGGUGUUCAGGUGUGCACCUGUCACCUGUGCGUGCCUCCUCUCACCUGAGGUUUUACCUGUGCGGACGACAGACUGAAGACAAUCUCCUCCUCCCUGGAGUCGUCUGAAUGUCUGUCAGCGUAAAGGGACGAACUCUCUCUGCUCUAAAGUUUUAUAGAUGAUAUGAAAUAUAGAAAUGUUGAUCUUUGCCUCGUCUCUCGAUGUACAGCUCUGGGAUAAAGGAAUGUAAAAGGAAUGAUUCGUUUUUUUUCUGUAAUUACAAACAUGGGAAUAGCUUUCUUCUUCUUCCUCCUCCUCCUCCUCUUCCUCUUUUAUCUGACCCUGUCAGACGCAUUCAGCCCUGCUGCUACGCCAGCUCUCUGUUUUUGUACCUGCAGCGAGAGUUGGACUUUCUAUUAAAGUAAUAAAAAAGGAUAAUCAGCUAA